CCUAACCUCCUACUAAAUUUCGUCCUCUUAGCAAGUUCCUACCGCGCUUAGCUCUCUCUCUCUUUCCCCCUCAAAAAUGAUAGUAGCUUACGCUUCUACUUAAAUCCCUCAUGCUUCCUGCCUAGCUCUUGCCUGUUCGUCAUUUCUUCGUAUGAGAUAAGCCAAAUUCAUCCUAUCCGCUAAGAUGGGGACACAUACAGAUUGGAGGUCAGUUGGCGGAAUUGCUACCAGUCUACUCGACGGAAAUCCCUUCGCUAUUGCAAUUACCACGUUUAUUGCCUUUGGCCUGCCAGUACUACUGCAUCUUAUUUUCUAUCGAACUGCUGCUUCCCCAGCAUCUAGCAAUUUCUUACUGCUUGGACCCAGCGGAGCCGGCAAAACUGCUUUCUUGUCCCUGCUAGAAGCGAAAUCAUCGCCUCUCGCGAAGAAGCAGACCCAGCUCACGCAUACCUCUCAGACGUCGACUUUGACCACAGUCAGCCUUCCCGCCUCUGUUUCGACUGCCUCGAACCGCUACCGGUCUGUCAAUGACCCUUCCUUAAAGGACAUCUCCAAGAACCCAGUCAAGUACCGCGUGAUAGAUACCCCUGGUCAUGGCAAGCUACGGGGACCUCAGGGAAUUUCUCAGCUGCUCUCAAUGUCAGAGUCGAAAGACUCGAAAUCCAAACUACGCGGGGUCAUUUUUACGGUCGACACCGCAGCUCUGGCCGACGCCGAGGUGUUACGCGAUACGGCCACUUAUCUGUACGAUGUUCUUCUUAUCCUCCAAAAACGGGCCCUGAGAAAGGGCAAGUUAUCCCUAAGGGCAGCUUCAGAAAUCCCCGUUCUUGUAGCCGCCAACAAGCAAGAUCUUUUUACGGCUUUGCCACCUGGUUCCGUGCGAGAGAGGUUAGAAACCGAGAUCGAUAGGAUGCGCAAGUCGAAGAGUAAGGGCCUCAUGGAUACCAGCGUGGAUGCUAGCAUGGGUGAUGGCGAGGAUGAUAUCCUCGGAAGCAGUCAGGCACAGGAUAAAUUCGGCUUCAAACAAUUGGAGGGCGAGAUCGGCUUGAGAGUUGAUGUUGUUGGCGGCGCUGUUAAAGGUGAUGAAAGGAGCGAGCUCGGAUCUGGUGUCAGGAGGUGGGAAGAAUGGAUCGGUCAGUGUCUUUGACCAAUUCUGUGCUUUUAACUACACUCUUCCUAUCACAACUUUACAAUAUGCUUUCAAUAUGAAAAGUAAGAAUAAAUCUUGCUUUGUAGACUGAAGAAUAGACUGCGAGUACAUUUUUACCAAGCUAGGACGCCACUAUUAAGGGACACAAAAGAAAGAAAGGAAUGACUUUGUUAUUUGUAUGGCUCUACCUAC